AUGAGUACAGAUACUCCAUCAGAGCCCACGCCAUCAGAUCCACCCCACACAUACGAUCGCAACACACCCGAUCAGAAAGAAAUCACCGCGAUCCUUGCCAAAUUUAACAAAGAUCCUCUCGCUCUGAGCGUCAUAUCCCUGGGCAAAGAUGGCGUUCUGCGAAACCUGUCGGCGGAUCGCGCCGUUCUCGAUGCUGUUGGACUGAGUCCGCGACUUGUGAAGGCAUUCUUGGAUCGCGUACCUCCAGACUACCGCGCGCUCACGCCAGAACUUGAGGAUGCUGAUGGGUCAAAGGCGACCGAUGAGGAAAUGUGGCACCCGAAUCCUAAGCUGCUGCCACGACCUAUGGGCGAGGAACAGAAGAAGAAGGCGUUGGCGAGUUUGGAAACCAAUUAG